CCUGUAUGCCACGACCACCCCGACCCCCGAAGCGCGCACCGCAGCCAUCACAUCCGCAACAAAACACCUCCUGCAAGCCAGCGCAGUCCACUCCCUCCUCGCCACAUCCCCGGCCUUCGCCCACGUCUCGCACUCCGUGUCCGCCACCCCGGGCAAAGUGCCCGACCUCGACCCCGCCGCGCAGGCCGCACUGGCGUCCCUCGCCCUCGCCGAAGCAACCCUCCUCGCCGUGCUCAAGGACGACUCCUACGUUUCGGCCUGCAUCCAGGCCCGCAACCCCAAUGACAAGGAGUGGAUGGUCCGCGCGCCGGAGAUCCCCAAGGUGCGCGCGCAUCUGUUUGCCAGACUGUGUAUUCGUGCGGCCGAGUACGCGGAGCAGGCGGCUGCGGGGCUGGGGGCUGUGGGUGCACAGGGACGUGCCGGUGUCGAGGAGGAUUUGGUCAAGUAUGCGCGUCUGGCGGGGAAGAUUGGGGAGGGGAUUGCGUGGCUGCGGGCUGCGAAGACGGCGCUGGGGGUCCGGGGGGAGAAACAGGAGAAUGAAGUGAAGAGUAGAGGGUUUUCGAGGCUGAAGCAGGGGUGGAUGGAACGGAGGGAGGAGCGGAAGAUGGAGAAGGAUGCGGGCAGGAUGGAGAAGGGCGAGUUGGGGCCGGGGGAUAAUGCGGGGCGGGAGGAGGAAGGGAGGGUUAUUGAGAUGUUGGAGACGAAGUGGGUGAGGAUGAAUGAUACGAUCAAUACGCAGCUGAUUCCGCCGUCCGCGGAUCUCGUGGCGAACUUGCCGUCUGGUCGAGAUAUCCAUUCUGCUCCCGGGGCUUAUCGGCUCCAGGCGUUGGACGAGGAGGAAUUGGUGCGGAUGCGUGCACCGCCCAUGGAGGACGAGUUUGGACCUGGCAGUGACGUAGAUGAUAGUGAGGAGGAAUCUGGUCUGGCAAGAGAUACGCCGAGCACGGUUCCUGAACGGACUGAUAGUGCUUAUUACUGAUACCCUGCGACUGUUCUAUGGGCAGAGAACAUGAUGUAUAGGUGUGUACAUGAGUACAUAGUCGAGCUUGUAUAGUCAAAUCAACCGCUCUAUCAUCCGUCUCAUAAACCCAUAAUA